AUGGCACCAACUGCAAUCCUCAACACCACUAGCGAUAGCCUUCAGUCACCGCUGAAAGCUCGUCCCUCAGCUGUCACCGAAGGCACUAUUCCUAUUGACCCUCCCCUAAACCCUAAGCACAGGUGGUGGUGGGAUAGAUGCGCGCCGCUGUUGAACACUCUGCUCACGAACGCUGAGGGGUACACACCUGAGGAGAAGGUGGACCACCUGCGCGUCUUCCGUGACGUGGUGGUGCCCUCCUUUGGCCUCCCGACACCCAAAGCCAAGGUUCGACCUCUGCUCACUUACGACGGUUCUACGUUCGAACCAUCGUGGAACUUCACGAAAGGCGAUGACGGAGUGAUCCGCUACACCUUCGAGCCUCUUGGCGAUUCCGCCGGUUCGGAUGAGGAUCCUUUUGCUGGGGAGAUUGGCGCUGCCAUGAUCCCGAUACUCUCGCAGGUGUCAUCUGGAGUCGACAUGCGCUGGUACGAGCAGAUUUUGAGAAGAUGGUUCGUCACACCUGAAGAGGCCGCUGUUGCUCGGUCGAGGAUGCCGGCUUUUGUCAAGCGCGUCCCACAACUUUUCCUCGCCUACGAUAUGAAGCGCUCGCAGCGAUUCCUGAAGGCCUACUUCUUCCCCGUCCUCAAGCACUUCGCCCUCAAUGUUACAACAGAAAAGCUGGUCUUUGAUAUGAUUCGCGACCUGCAGCCCUGCGGCGACAAGCUUUACAAGGCAUCCGAGAAGCUCCAGAAGUACCUUGCCACAUGCAAAGAGCCUUGCCCGGUGGAGAUGAUGGCGAUUGACUGCGUCGACCCCCACAAGGCCCGAGUUAAAGUAUAUGCCCGCACAACAUCGAACUCAAAGGCGGUUCUUGCAGACGUCCUUACCCUUGGCGGAACCCAGACCGACGACGCAACAAUGAAGGGCGUCGAAUACGCAGAGAAGGUCUGGCACCUGCUUCUCGAUGAGCCGGAAGGCAUGGCCGCGAACCAGAGAAAGGAUGCCAGAGACAUGCACAACUUGCACAAGGGCAUCUGCUUCGCGUUCGAGCUGAAGCAAAAUGAAGAGCGGAUUGACAUCAAGGCUCACUUGCCAUGGGGUCAGACGUCACGGAGCGAUGCACAGACGAUUGAGAACUUCACGCAGGCCCUGCAGAAUGUAGGAUGGGACGAGUCUGCAGAAAAGUUUUCCAGAGGCGCCCACGAAACUGCCAAGCUGCCCGGCCGAGAUUACUCCAAGCCCGGAGGAUUGUCAUACGUAUCAUACAACUACGGCACCAAGGGUCUCUACAUGUCCUCGUAUUUCUCUCCAAAGGUUCAAGAUAACUGA